AUGGCCAACGAUAAGCGCACCGUGUACGUGGGAGGACUUUCAGAAGAAGUGACCGAAAAGCUAAUUACCGAUGCAUUCAUCCCGUUCGGCGAUCUAGUAGACAUACAGAUGCCGAUCGAUUACGAAUCACAGAAGCACCGUGGAUUCGCCUUUAUUGAGUUCGAAAACGCAGAAGAUGCGGCCGCUGCCGUGGACAACAUGAACGAUUCGGAACUGUGCGGACGUACGAUACGCGUGAAUACGGCCAAACCACAGCGCAUCAAGGAGGGCAGCAACAGGCCGGUAUGGGCGGACGAUAACUGGCUGCAGAAGCAUGCGGGAGCGACGCUGAAGAACAACGGUGACAACAACGGCGAGCAACAGAUGGACACAGACGCGGGCGAUGUGCAGCCUACCGAACCGAAGGCAGCGGAGGAAAAGAAACGCAAUCCGCAGGUUUACUUCGACAUUCGGAUAGGGAAUAACGAUGUGGGACGCAUUAUUAUGGUGUUGCGCGCGGACGUUGUACCGAAAACGGCGGAAAACUUCCGUGCACUCUGUACCGGCGAGCAGGGUUUCGGAUAUAAGGGAUCUAUAUUUCAUCGUAUCAUACCGGAGUUUAUGUGCCAGGGAGGUGAUUUUACCGCCAACAAUGGAUCGGGAGGCAAAUCAAUCUAUGGGAAAAAGUUUGCCGAUGAAAACUUCACCCUUAAGCACACCGGUUUCGGUGUACUUUCGAUGGCAAACUCCGGCCCAAACACGAACGGUUCACAGUUUUUUAUCUGCACAGAAAAAACCGACUGGCUGGAUGGAAAACAUGUGGUGUUUGGUAACGUCAUAAGCGGGGCGGAUGUGGUACGAAAGAUGGAGCGCUGUGGGUCGAAAGGAGGAAGAGUACAACAGAAGGUAACAAUCGUCGCUUGUGGUGAGGUGAAAGGUUAG